AUGCUUAAAGCAUUAGAAUUAGUAUUAAUAAAUGCUAAUGUUAAUUCUAAUGCACCACCCCUUGUACUUCUAUUGAGAAAAAAUAGCUUUGAUCAUCAAGUUUCUUUUCGAUCCCUUCAGGUACGAAAUUUUAAAAUAUUAAUAUAUGGAUUACCUGAUUUAAGAAAUGAUCAGUUACAAACAGCAAUAAUACAUUGUCAAUCUGCCAAUCAGUUAAGAACUGCUUUGAACAACUAUCACGAAUCACUUAUAGUAAUUGUAUGUAACUCCAAUCGUCUAACUGAAAUAGAUACAUUAUUAAUGAAUUAUGAAAUUGAUACAUUAUAUGUUUGUAAUAAUGAUGAAGAUCAAGAUAUUAGAGAAUGGUUUGAUGGUCUUAUAUUUGAGAAUAUGAUUGAAAUCAAUAAUAGAAGACAAUUGAUGCGUCAUUUAUAUACAAAGACAAUGCUUUGUUAUUACAAUCAAGGUUUAGAACAUCAAAAAAAUGGCGAUUUUGGUUUGGCAAAUUUAUGUUUUCUUGACGCACAGACAGCACUGCAAUAUUCUGCUAAUUUUAUGUGA